AUGGGGAAUAAUCCGGUCUUUGCGGUCACAGUGUUUUUCAUUUGUUUCCGGGAGUGUCUAGAGACGACGGUAGUCGUAUCUGUCUUAUUGGCAUUUUUGAAGCAGACCUUGGGUGGAAAUGAAGACCGCGCAACCCACAAGCGACUUGUGCGCCAAGUCUGGGCAGGAUGUGCUUGCGGGCUGUUUCUCUGCCUUGCCGUCGGUGGCGGCAUGAUCGGUGCUUUCUAUGGUCUCGGCACCGAUACAUUCUCCAGCACGGAAGACAUCUGGGAAGGCGUACUGGGCAUCAUCGCCUCACUCAUUAUCACGAUAAUGGGUGCUGCUCUACUACGCGUUUCUAAGCUGCAGGAAAAAUGGCGUCUCAAGCUAGCCAAGGCACUCGCGCACGAGAACAAUCCCAAUGAAUUGCGCAAGGGUCGGAUAAAGAGAUGGCUCGAGAAGUAUGCCAUGUUCAUCCUGCCUUUCGUGACGGUGUUACGUGAAGGUCUGGAGGCCGUCGUCUAUGUUGGUGGCGUCGGUCUCGGUCUCCCUGCUACCUCAUUUCCCUUGGCUGUCGUCUGCGGUCUUGCGGCUGGAAUCCUGGUGGGCUAUCUGAUUUACCGCGGUGGCCGGGAGACAUCUAUGCAGAUCUUCCUAAUCAUCUCCACGUGCUUUUUAUAUCUCGUCGCAGGUGGUCUAUUCUCGCGGGGCAUUUGGUACUUCGAAAACAACACAUGGAACAAGAUCAUUGGGGGUGAUGCGUCAGAGACGGGGUCCGGUGCAGGCUCGUACAAUAUCAAGCAAAGCGUGUGGCACGUCAACUGCUGCAAUCCGGAAUUGGGUGGCGGCGGAGGCUGGGGUAUCUUCAACGCUUUGCUUGGAUGGACCAACUCGGCCACCUAUGGAUCGGUGAUCUCUUACAACUUGUACUGGAUCUGCGUUAUGGUCGGGUACGGGUUGAUGUUCUACCGGGAACGUCGGGGUGCACUCCCCAUCAUUGAUCCCGCGGUUAAAAAGGUCACCGACUACAAGGCCAAAAUGAAGGCAUCCAUCCUGCGCAGACCAUAUGAGGAGCCUGUCGCGGAAUCUAGUGGGGCCAUUGAGCAUGUCGCUACGGAGAAGCAGAAAGCUCCCGGUGACGGUGUUUCUACCGUUGUCAAGUUUACUGAAGCUUACCCAUGA